UCCCGUAUUAAAAUCAUCCUCCCCUCCCACCCCACUCAUUUCUCAACUCCAACUCCAACUCCUAUCAAAAUCCGUCUUCCCCCUUUCCUCAUCGUCUGCACUUGCGUCAUCAAUAUUCUCCGGGAAAGAAAGAGAGAGAGAAAGCUCUCUUCAAUGGCCAGGGCCCUUCUGCUCUCUCUGCUCUUCUUCGCCAUCUUCUUCAUCUCGGAAGCACAGAAUGAGCCAGAAGCUUCCCCGGCUCCCGCGCCGGACAGCGGAGCUGAUGGUCCCACUCAUUUCUUCCCCCAAGUGAGUCCUCCUUCCAUGUCGGCCCCCGCCUCCGCUCCGUCGUCCCGCUCCAGCGUCAACCUGAAUUCCCCUCCCGCUCCACCUCCUCCAGAGGACUCCCCCUCCCCACCUUCUCUCGCCCCCUCCAUGAACGAGGAACAGAACGCGGUCAACAGUGGCGGUAAAGUUCCGGAUCCGACGUCUUCCCGUGGGGGAGGAAAGGCAGGCCGGGUUGCCGGUACAGUCGUCGGCGUGGUUAUCGGCGCGGCUAUUGUCACUGUGGCUUUUAUUAUCUACAGAAAGCGCCGACAAAACAUCCGCCGAUCGCAGUAUGGCUUCGCAGCGAGGCGAGAAAUGCUCUGAUUCUGUUCUUAUCAUGCUUCUGAUUUGGAAGAAGCAUCCGAAUUUUUUCAUUACUUCCAUUCUUUUCUUCGAUCUUUCGUCGCCUCCGUGUUUGUCUGUGCGUGUUUCUCCUUUUUAUCGUUCUUGUUGUAGCAUUGUAGAAACGUGAGAAUUUCCUGGUGGCUAAUUGAAAUCUUGAUUCUUUGACAUCCCUUUCCCUCCCCUUAGGAAAGGAAUCAAAGAAGGUAAGUUUCUCCUCUUUCUUUC